GGCGAUCUUCCUCUCAAACGAACGCGGGAAGAACGUAAACAAAAGCUCCUUCUUUAUUCGAGUCAACGGAGCAAACGUUAUAUUCUCGAUUAAAAACAUGGCUUUGGUGGCAUAUAGCGAUGACAGUGACAUUGGAAGCGACUCAGAAGAAGUCGAACAACAAGUGAAUGGUGUUCAAAAUGAUAAAAAUGCAAAAAUAUCUCCCGAAAAGAACGAUAGUGAUGGGCAUACCGCAAUAUCUCCCAUCGCCAGUGCAAAUGUCAAUUCAGAACAAAAAUCACCUUCAGACUCUGGCUUACCCUCAGGGAUAGACGAUAUCGUCGAUGAGGAUGAAAACCACUACAGAGAUAAACCGAACAUUUUAGCAUCGAUACCGGAAGCAGUGCCAAUAGAUUCAUUGCAGACGGCCGUAGGUGAAGUGGAAGAUGAGCUUACUGAUGUCCCUACAGCUGAUAAGUGGCUGAACAAGAUAAAAGAAAGUAGAGAAAGCAACACGGCAGAAUCAAGUACAAAGUUUUCCAGUGGGCCUCCCAAGAAGAAGGCGAAGGCUAAAGUGAAAUUUUUCGUGCCAGCACUUUCAGAGUUUGCUGAAGACGAAGAGGAAGAGGAACCAAAGGAGGAGCCUGAAAGAAAGAAAGUCCAACCGUCCAAUAAAGGAAGUGGUCUCUUUUCUUUUCUUCCAGAACCUAAGCACAUUUCAGUUAAGGAAACAAAGCGUCCGCUCAUACCUUAUGUCCUGACCAAACCACCUCCUGCACGCAAGUCACCAAAACCAACUCAGGCAAAGGCAAAAAUGGCAUAUGAUAAAAAGACAGAGGUUGUUAAUGACUCUGAUGAAGAGGAUACUGGACCAUCAGAUUUCUUUUCAUUGUCUGAGCCAUCAUUGGAUGCUGUUGCUGCUGUGCCAUUACCACCCAUCGCGACAACCAUGCCAGAAGUGCAAACUAAGAGUUAUGGUGAAACUGCUAAACCUAAUUAUGAAAAUCAGAUUAAUCAUGUGCCUGUAGAGUCGAUGACCAGUGAGCAGCAACGAGAAGAAUCUCAGUACUCAUUCCAGCCUGAAGAUCAGUCAUCAGAAGGACCUGCAGAUAUUGAUCAGGAGGCAAUGAUCAGGCUAAUGGGAAAGCGAAGAGGAAAGGGUGAAGAAAUAAAUUUCAUUGAUGUCAGUGCAGAUGAUGCAUUAUUGACGCGUGACGAGUGGAUGACAAAAGCCCUUUCAGAAGAGAAACCAACUCAUAGUUAUAGCAAGAAAAAGGAAGGAUUGCCUUCACAAAAGCAAAAGCAGAAACACCAGAUCACAUAUCUUGCCCAUCAAGCAAAGGAGAGAGAGCUGGAACUCAAAAACAAUUGGGCUCAGAAUCGGAUGACAAAAAUGCAGACUCAGGCAAAAUAUGGGUUUUAAGGUCUGGUUGUUUUUUUAAAGAUGUAAAUAGAUUGAAAAAAAAAAUUGGAUGUUGUAACUGGUAUUUUAUUAUUAGCUGUUAUUAAAUCAUUCAAGUGUCAA